CAACGUUCUGUUGACACACAUGACCCGUGUUCUUUUUCAACACUCGAAAUCCCCUAUAAAUAAUGAACUAGUAUAUCCCUUUAACUUCCUCAUCCAUUAAUAGUAGAAUACACAUACAACACAGAGAGCUAGGAUAAUGGGUAUGAAGGGAUUUUUAGUUGGUUUUAUUUUGAUAAAUUUGUCAAUACUGGGCAGUUGUGGGGCGCCGAGAAAGGCAGUGGAUGUGCCUUUUUGGAACAACUAUGAACCCAGUUGGUCCAGUCACCAUAUCAAGUACCUCAAUGGUGACACCACAGCUGAGCUUCUUCUUGACAAAUCUUCAGGAGCUGGAUUUCAAUCAAAGAAAUCGUAUCUAUUUGGGCACUUUAGUAUGAAAAUGAAGCUUGUUGGAGGUGAUUCUGCUGGUGUUGUCUCUGCAUUUUAUCUGUCAUCAAACAAUGCAGAACACGAUGAGAUAGAUUUCGAAUUCCUAGGGAACAGGACAGGUGAGCCAUACAUAUUACAGACCAAUGUGUUUACAGGAGGUAAAGGAGACAGAGAGCAGAGGAUCUAUCUCUGGUUUGAUCCAACCAACGACUUCCAUUCAUAUUCCGUUCUCUGGAACACCUUUCAGAUUGUGAUUUUUGUGGACGACGUCCCAAUAAGAGUAUUCAAGAAUUCGAAAGACAUAGGUGUGGAAUUCCCAUUCAAUCAGCCGAUGAAGAUCUAUUCAAGCCUGUGGAAUGCUGACGACUGGGCUACAAGAGGAGGAUUAGAGAAAACGGAUUGGACCAAAGCACCAUUCACUGCUUCCUACACUUCAUUCCACAUAGAUGGCUGUGAGGCAGUCACCCCUCAAGAAGUGCAAGUUUGUAAUACAAAUGGCAUGAAAUGGUGGGAUCAAAAGGCUUUCCAAGAAUUAGAUGGCCCUCAGUAUACAAAACUUCAAUGGGUUCGCCAAAAAUUCACCAUCUAUAACUAUUGUACAGAUAGGAAAAGGUACCCUACCCUUCCUCCAGAGUGUACCAGGGAUAGAGAUCUUUAAGAUGCUUAAUAGUUAGUAGCUCUUUUUGUUGGGGUAUGAACUCCCAGAAAAAAGAUUUACAUCUUCAUUUUAAUUUCGAGCUGUCUUCUUACUCGUCACGACAUGUACUCUCAUGUCAGGUCUCUGUUAGUGAGAUUAGUAAUGUAUUGUGUGUUAUUGCAAGCUUUAUUACCUUUUACAUUAAAAUAUUCAGUGUGACACGCUUUAGUUAA